AUGGGCAAGCGCUCCGGCACGUCAAAGUUCCCCGUCGCGCGCAUCAAGAAGAUCAUGCAGUCCAACGAGGAGGUCGGCAAGGUCGCACAGGCCACGCCCGUGCUCAUCUCCAAGGCGCUGGAGCUCUUCAUGGCAGAGCUCAUCGAUGCAACGGUGAAGGAGGCAAAGGCAAAGGGCGCGAAGCGUGUCGCGCCGCACCAUCUGAAGCGCGCCGUGCACAAGAGCGAGACGCUCGACUUCUGCAAGGCAAUCGUCGGCGAGCUCGACGAGGGCCUGGAGGAGGACAAGGCCAAGGACGAGGGCGCCGCACGCGGCGGCAAGCGCCGCAAGGUCGCUACCGCUGCGGCCGACGCUUAG